UCAUCUCGCCCUAUCGCACUGAGUAUGAGUAGUAAAAAAGAGCUUUGUAUUUCAUCGGUAAAUAAGGGUCCAUGAAAAUAAGAAAAAGUGACUUGGAAGGGUGAUUUGAAAUAUUACUACUGAAUUUGGUGCGAAAAAUAAGGUAUUUGUGUACUGCAACACCAUAUUUCAUUGCAUAGCAGAAUGAAAAUAAAAAGUUUGUAUGACACUUAGACUGAGGAUUUACAUGCUUUAGAGUGAUUCAAAGUAUUAGUUUAUUGGUACCUAAUGGAAAGAUAAUGUAGAAAAUUGGAUUCAUAUUUGAGGAAGAACUUGAAAGCGAGAUUCAGCAGCUACUUGGAUUGUUAUUUCGGUACUGAUGAACGGAGGAAACCAUUUUAAAAUGCAGAGUAAUACCAGACCGGACUUGGAAAAGAAAAAAACGGGACGGACCCCAAGGGGACAUCCGGCUGGAGGAAGCAGGACUCCCUCAGGAACUUCAAGUGUGUUAAUGGUGGGACCGAAUUUUAGGGUUGGCAAGAAGAUAGGGUGCGGCAAUUUUGGAGAAUUACGGUUAGGUAAAAACCUUUAUAACAAUGAACAUAUUGCUAUCAAACUGGAACCAAUGAAGUCCAGAGCUCCUCAGCUUCACUUAGAAUACAGAUUCUACAAAAUGUUAGGUCAAGCAGAGGGAGUUCCACAAGUUUACUAUUUUGGUCCCUGUGGAAAAUAUAAUGCAAUGGUGAUGGAACUUCUCGGUCCCAGUUUAGAAGAUUUAUUUGAUCUAUGCGACAGAACAUUUGCACUUAAAACAGUUCUUCUCAUAGCUAUCCAGUUGCUACACAGAAUAGAAUAUGUUCACAGUAAAAAUCUCAUAUACCGUGAUGUAAAACCAGAGAACUUCCUAAUAGGCAGACAGUCGGGGAAACAUCAAAGCACGAUACACAUUAUUGAUUUCGGCCUUGCCAAGGAGUACAUCGACCCAGAGACCAACAAACACAUACCAUACAGAGAACACAAAAGUCUUACAGGAACAGCUAGAUACAUGAGUAUCAAUACGCAUCUUGGAAAAGAGCAAAGUCGACGAGAUGAUUUAGAAGCUCUUGGUCACAUGUUCAUGUACUUCUUGAGAGGUAGUCUGCCUUGGCAAGGUUUGAAGGCUGACACAUUGAAAGAACGCUACCAGAAAAUAGGGGACACAAAGAGAGCCACACCCAUUGAAGUGCUGUGUGACAAGUAUCCAGAAGAAAUGUCAACAUAUUUGAAGUAUGUACGACGGCUAGAUUUCUUUGAAACUCCUGAUUACAGCUACUUACGAAAAAUAUUCCAAGACUUAUACAACAGAAAAGGUUAUGCUGUUGACAAUGAGUUUGAUUGGACAGGAAAACAGUUGUCAACGCCAGUGUCGCCAAGCCCAGCAGAUGGCCAGCCUACAUCCAGAGAUGCACGACCUUCUAAGCAAACAAAAGCUUGGACUGAACUGCCACAUCACUUAAAUCCACCGUUGGCUGUUGGUGACAAAUACGGAUCAGUACAAGUGGUUAGUUCAACCAAUGGCGAGUUAGUCAACGAUGACCCAACUGCUGGACACUCCAAUGCUCCCAUCACAGCACAGGCUGAGGUUGAGGUUGUAGAGGACACAAAAUGUUGCUGUUUCAAAAGAAGGAAGAAGAAAAGUACCAGUCGUCGCAAGUGAAAGGCUUGCUGGGCAACUGUUGUUGAAUCCAUCAGCUGUCACAAGUAUAUAAAAUAUUGUUGUAAUAAUCAACACGGAUCAAUUAUUAAAACAUUUGACCCUACAAUUCUUUUAAUUGAAAAAUUAAUGACAGAAUGAUGAGAGGCAUAUAAUAUUAAGAUGUAUGCUGUAUAGUGAUUUGGUUCUCUGCAAUUUGAAUAAAGAUUUCUUUUUUAUGCUAAAGAAGUGUGUGGCAAUGCAGAAUUAAUGAUGAAUUGGUUGUCAGCGAGUUGAGAAGGAGUUGGAUGACGACAACUUGUUAAUAAAAUAACCGAAUUCGCGAACUUAAGCAAAGGUGCUGAAUUGAGGGUUCAUGUUGCAAAUAAAAAUGAAGAUGAUAAAAACAUUCUCAUUGUUGUUCUCAAUUACAAGCAAGGUUUGUUAAUUACCUGAAUAAUUAUACCAAUGUGCUGAUUAAUAGCAGCAAUAGAAUUAUUGCCCCCCCCCCCCAAAAAAAAAAUGAGCUUAGUGUUGCAUUGAUGUUUAAUGCAAUGGCUGAGGUAAUAAUAUGUAAUUCAUAUAGGCCUUUUUGGCAUGAAGUGCUAUAGAGAAACUGGCACAUUGUUUAUUAUAUUAUUGUUGUUGUUAGUAUUAUUGUCGAAAAUAUUUCAUACUAUUUGCUAAAUCUUUGAAGUAUAGUAAGCUAUCUUAUUAUUAUUUAUUAUUAUAAUUAUUACUAUAAGUUGAGGUUAAUGUAUGGUACCAACAACAUUAUGCCUUAUCAGUCCAUUUUUGUACUUAAAAAUGGGUGCAAAUGUUGUGCCAUAAAGGUAUCUCAUCUUUGUUUAAAAAAAUGAACAUUUCCAGAGAUAAUGAUGUACUAUUAAGUCAUUGCCCAUUAUUAUUCUGUCUGCCAAUCUUUUUCUAUGUAUGAUGUGUUUCAAAAAGUUAAGCCCAAGAUUUUGUGUACUGGUACCUAGUUAGACAAGAUUGUUUUUAUACCUUGUUUAGUAAAUUUUAUUUUAAAAAAAUCAUCAGGGUGGGAAAAAAUAAAAAUAACAUAUAUAUUUUUUUAGCAAAAUGGUCCACCAAAAGCAUAUAGGCAGAAGAGAUAAAUAUGUAAAACUUUAUUGACAA